CACACGAUCAGCUGAUUUUGACAUCUGACAGUUAAUAAGCUCGGUUGAUCGAAUUCGGUUGGUUACUCCAAAGAGAAUACAAAUACCUAGGUACCAAAUACUUCAUUCACUCAAAAGUCAAACUGUGCUCAACCCAACGGUCUGCUUUGUUUUAAAAUAUUUAUUGCGUGAUAUUAAGGAACAAGAAAAAGUAUGGAUGUUUGGGAAGACUUGAUCGAAAAUUAUGAAGGCUAUGACGACGCGGACGGUGACAAUUUUUCAAAAGUUGUAUCCAAUGCGUCUUUAGUACUUGCGGAAGAUUUGGCUGAUUUUGAAAUCGAAUGGGUUGUUUCAACAUUAUUGCAUCAACCGGUGCAUUUAUUGGAAGUGAUGUCGAGCAAACGCAGUGAGGAAAGAUGGGCCAAGUGUGUUGUAGAGGCUCUGAAGCUUUUGAACUACCUGGUUCAGAAUCACAGCAUCCCACACGAGUAUUACCAUCAAAUUGUUCAGGUGUGCUCCCUACACUAUGAUGCGACAGCACGCCAACAUGCACUGACCUGUCUUACAAGCAUCUGCAAGCACAGUUCUGCUGCUGGUCUUAAUUUCUCCCGACACCUGGCUGCUCUCGAGGAGAGUUCUGUGUGCAAAGCACCUCUUGCCUUGCUAGUUGGUGCCAUAUGUGAAUAUCAUCCCUAUUUGGUGUCAGAGGAUGUGCCCAAAGUUUGGCGAAUUUUUCUAAAUAUGCUCGAUUCAAAUAAACUCACUGGAGCCGCGCUGGGCGCGGUGGCGGUGGGCGCGGGCGGCCUGCUGCGCCACUUCGGCGCCGACCUGCCGCUCACCGAGCUGGCGCUGUUCGCCGACAGCGUGGCACGCGCCGCGCAGCUGCCGCGCUGCGAGCAAGCGGCCACGCGCGUGCUGUGCGAGCACGCGGCGCUGUUCCGCGAGCAGCUGGCGCCGCGCGGCCAGCUCCGCGCCGCGCUGUGGGGCCGCGCGCGCGCCGCCGAGCCCGCGCGCCGUGCGCUGCUGCAGUUGUACGCGCAGCUACCGCACACGCUCGACCGCCAUCAGCUGCAGGAAAUAACGGAAAAGGAGCUCUUGCCGCACAUGUCGAGCAGCUCGGGCGCGGUGCGCGUGACGGCGCUGCGCGCGGCGGCGCUGUGCGGCGCGCUGGAGCCGCUCGACCGCGUGCACGUGCCCGCGCUCGAGGCGCGCCUGCGGGCCGCCCGCGCCGGGCCCCCCGACAUGUUACUCAUGGCAUGGUGCAUCGAAAACGGAGUGUUCGGCAGCUCGGAGCUGCUGCGCGCGGCGCUGGCGGGCGGCGCGCUGGCGGGCGGCGCGGGCGCGGGGCCGAGCGGCGCGCGCCUGCUGGCCCGCGCGCUGCUCGCCGCGCCGCUGCACCUCGCUCAGACCGCAGUCAGUAUGUUGGUGGGCGCGAGCUGCGUCGCCGAGAGCGCGGACGGGUGCCUGGCCGUGUGGCGCCAGCUGCUGGCGCCGGCGGAGGGCGAGCCGGCGCCGGCCGAGUGGCCCCCCGCGCCGCCCGCGCCCCGCGCCGCCCGCCGCCGCGCCCUGCUGCUCGACCGGUUCGCGGCCUGCGUGCUGCUGGCGCUGCGCACGCACCGCGCGCGCUGCCCGACCUAUCUGCGGGGCGAAUGCACGUGCGAGGAGCUCCCGCCGCUGGCGGCGACGACGUGCGGCGUGCUGCGCGCGGCGGGCGGCGCGGCGGCGCAGCUGGCGGGCGCGCUGGCCGGCGCGAUGGCCGGCGCGCUGGCCAGCACGGCCGAGCGGGCCCGCGCCGCGCUGCCGGCCGCUCUGCGAGCCGCCGCGCUGGCGCCGCCCCACCCGCUCGACCGCGUCUGGGAGCGCUACUUGCAAAGCGUGCGCAUCGAGGAAGUGAGCGACGCGGAGCUGCAGUGGCGCUGCUGCGAGGCGCUGUGCGGCGGCGCCGCGCCCCGGCCCGCGCUGGCCCCGCACACGCUGCGCGCCGCACAGAUAAUAUUGAGUGACGAGCGAGCGGAGGGGCCGCUGUUGCGCGCCUGCCUCGGGACCGUCGCGGCGCUGGCGCGGCGCAGCCCCGCGCACGCGGACCCGCGGCUGCUGCGGCAGGCGAGUGGCGGCGUGGAGCGCCAGUCAGACUUAGUGGCGGUUGCGCACAGGUCCCUCGACGUCCCGCUUAUACCUACGAUGUUCCCAGUGGUGCGGGCGGCGCGGGGCCGGGUGCGGGGGGCGGGGCGGGGCGCGGGGCGGGGCGCGGGGCGGGGCGCGGGGAAGGGGGACCGCGCCCUGCGCAGGGACCUGCUGCUCUUCGUAGGAAGGUACGGCGCAUUAGCCGAGGAACACGACGUCGGUUUCGGCGAGCGCUGCGAGCUGCGCGAGCGUUGCGACGCUUGCGAGGAAGAACAACUGCGCUAUUUGCGGCUGUCUCCGCUGUUAACGGUCACCCGCAACGGCCAAAAGUUGGACUUAUCGCGUGCCGUCGCACUGUGCGUGUGGGGCACGGCGGGUGCGGGGGGCGGCGCGGAGGGCGCGGGGGGCGGGGCCGAGGGCGCGGGGGGCGGGGCCGAGGGCGCGGGGGGCGGGGAGCUGCGCCGCGAGCUCGUCGACUGGCUGCGGCCCCGAGGAAAUUACACGGGGCGCUGGGUUCAAUAUUAG